AUGGCUGCCUUGAGGUCCUUCAAGAGAAUCCCUGGUCCUCUUCAGCUGCUGUUGUUCCUGCUCCUUCUCCCACAAGAUCUGGUUGUUACAGGACAGAAGACGGAGGUAACACAACUUCCAGAAACCAUAUCGGUGAACGCUGGAGACAGCCUCACUCUAAAGUGUACACUGAUUGGGGCAAAUUUACCCGGAGGCGUGCGGUGGUUCAAAGGGCUGGACAGAAACCAGCCCCCCAUUUACAGCGAUAAGCAAGGAAUUUCCAAUCGGGGGGUGAGGCUAGUCCCAGGAUCCAACACGGAGUUUAGCAUCAAUAUCCCAAACAUCCGUCCUGAAGAUGCCGGGACCUACUAUUGUGUGAAGUUCAGGGCAGGGUUCCCAGAGAGAGAACUGGCUUCGGGGAAAGGCACUCAGGUCUUCGUAAUUGCCAUGCCAUCGCAGCCUGUGGUUCAUGGCCCCACAAGAAGAGUCGCAGCAGGGUCUCGGGCCACCUUCAACUGCUCCACAGAGGGAUUCUCCCCCCCAGAGAUCACAGUCAGCUGGUUGAAGGAUGGAAAAGAAAUACAGGCUGCCCAGACCAACAUCCUGAAUUUGGAUGGAACAGAGAGCAUCUCGUACCGAGCAGAGAGCACGGUGGAAAUCCCGCUGGAACAAGGAGACGUGAGGUCUCAGCUGACCUGCCAGAUCCAACACAGAUCAUUGGAGGCUCCCCUCCAGCAGUCCUUCCCACUUGGUGAUGUCCUAAGAGUUCCUCCCAAAGUCCAUAUGGAGACCAGCCCACCUCCCCCCAUCCAGCUGAACACCACUGUGACGGUCACUUGCAGUGUGGAAGAAUUUUAUCCAGAUGAUGCAAACUUGGAAUUGUUUUUCAACAAUGCCCCAAACAGAAAAGGAACAGUUGGCCUGAGGACACCGAAUCCCGAUGAGACCUUUUCCCUGAAUACCUACCUGGAGGUGGUGGCCACGGAAGACAGGAACAACUCACAGUUCAGUUGCGUGGUUCAACAGGAAUCCCAAAGUCUGCUCACUCUAACAACAAAACUUGCCGUUGUCAUGCAACCUGAAGAUCACAAAUGCUUGGGCAGUGCUCCGUCAAGUGUGCCGCAACAAUCCCUCCUUGUUCUCUGGCUCCCGCUUUUCCUGAGCAAAGCAGCGGUCUUUCUUCUCGUCUCCUGCCUUUUCCUAACGAAGAUGUGCAGAGGCAAGAAGGCAAAAUCUCGUUCCAGAAAACCCCAGGAAGUAAAAGGGUCCGAAAGUCCAAUUAGGAACGCCUAUUCCUGACAGUUUUUCAGGCUGAGAAAGAAAAACAAACCGAGAAC